GCAGUUAAUGUGCGUGUAGCAAAUUAUUUUUGCAACCGACUUAUUAUCGAACGUUACAAUAUUUUCAAUCAUUUGCCAAUGUUUUUUUAACGUUAAUUGAGCAGUUCACGCGGCCUGCUAUUGCCUUCCGGACGUGUGCAGCAUUUACACACGACGACUCUGUCAGUCGAUGAGACCACAGGCAAGGACACGAAAGAUGAGUAACAGCUACAACGACAUUCCCUUUGGUAUCCGAGCGGUGCAGCAUUUUUCGCAACAAUGCUGUUCUCGCAUCCAUGUACGCAAAGAAUUGCUCUACAAGAUCUCAAUCUUCGUGCUCACAUUCCUUGCUUAUGCAUGUUACCACAUGUCGCGCAAACCGAUUUCGGUAGUGAAAUCGGUACUGCAUGGGAACUGCACAAAUCCAGCACCACAACCGCACGAUGCCAACGAUUGUGGUUACCCGCCCUUUGAUGGUCCCGAUUCUUCCACAUUAUUUGGUAUGCUUGAUUCAGCAUUUCUGUUCUCCUACGCUAUUGCCAUGUUUAUAUCGGGCUUUAUUGCUGAGCGCGUCUCCCUGCGCUACUUUCUGUCGAUGGGCAUGAUAAUGACCGGUGUGUUCACUUAUGGAUUCGGCCUGGCCCGCACCUCCAACAUACACAGCAUCUGGUACUUUGUGAUCAUGCAGAUUUGCGCUGGCAUAUUUCAGACCACAGGCUGGCCUGGAGUGGUAACACUUGUUGGUCGCUGGUUUGGCAAGUCUAAGCGCGGCCUCAUCUUUGGCAUCUGGAACAGCCAUACAUCCAUUGGCAAUAUACUGGGCACCCUGAUAGCAGCACACUACGUGGAAAGCGAUUGGGCGCUAUCAUUCGUUGUACCUGGCAUAAUUAUUGGUGUAAUGGGCUUCCUGCUUUUCUUGUUUCUCGUCGAUACGCCCGAAAUUGUAGGCUGCUACCCGCAACGUAGUUCAGUGGAACAGCGCAUUUCAAACGAAUCAGAUGAGGAGAACGAUGAAGAGCAACCACGUCAGUACGACGCUGUCAACUAUCGGGCAACUGAACGCACUCCCAUUUUGGCCAGACAACCAUCUCACGGACACCAUACACAUGAAGGCCGACCUAUAAGCCUCAUCGACGCACUCUAUAUACCCGGAGUGGCUGAAUUCUCGCUCUGCUUGUUCUUCACAAAGCUCGUCAGCUACACGUUCAUGUACUGGCUGCCCCUAUAUAUACAGUCCUCCAGCACUUUGGGUCCACAGCUCUCGGCUGACCUCUCAACGCUCUUCGAUGUGGGCGGCAUUAUAGGCGCCAUAGCAGCUGGUUAUGUUUCCGAUUUAACUGGCAUGUCUGCAACAAUUUGCACAGUUAUGCUGUUCAUAGCCUCACCAAUUCUAUUUGCGUAUCAACAAUAUGGCGCAAUGUCUGUUUACAUCAGUGUUAUUCUACUGAUCGUAGUUGGCAUCUUCGUUAACGGACCCUACGCACUCAUUACCACCUCGGUGAGUGCGGAAUUGGGUCAGCACAGUUCAUUGGAGGGCAACUCUAACGCGCUGGCCACCGUCACUGCCAUUAUUGAUGGUACGGGGUCUGUGGGUGCCGCAGUGGGACCGCUGCUCGCUGGCCUCAUAUCUACCGCCGGCUGGCAAAAUGUAUUCCACAUGCUUAUUGUUGCCGACAUACUUGCCAUGAUACUUCUGGCGCGUUUGGUGAAGAAGGAGUUUUCGCAGCUACGCCGCUCAACGCGCAUUCGCAUAGAAUAGCAGGCAGCAGAUAGAGUUUAUUUAUUCUGAUUUAAUGUUUGAUAUUUUUAGACAUCUUUAUGUGUGUCAUAACGCAUAUCAGUUCUUUUAAUCAUAGAUAUUAUAAUGUAGUUGCACUCGAA